AUGCAGCUUACGGAGGGAUCUAGUGUCUCUCACCAUCUUAUACGUAUACGACGGGGUUCUGUCGUUCGAGGAGUGGGUUCAUUCGUACGUCCGGCACUUUGGCGAGCUACUGACAUUGUGCCUCACCUCAGAGAGCACGAGUAUAUCUGGAAGGGACGCCUGACGUGGGUCAAGUUCCUGUAUCUUACGGCGCGUUACGGCACCGCCGCACAGUCUCUCCUGGGCACAAUAUUGUUCUUCAAUGUGGGACUAUCCACCGAGCUCUGCCGCUACCUCUUUAAUCUAUACGCGUGGAUGUCUCCAUUGCAGGCCUUCCCUAUCACAAUCAUCAUGGCGCUGCGAACGCACGCUCUAUACAGUUUCUCAAGUCGCCGGGCAAGUACAUUCGUCAACGUCAUCUGCGCGAUAAGCUGCCUCACCCACGCUGUCGCGUAUUUGCUCAUCUCCCUUACGACUCAUU